AGCGCGGCACCGGGCAAGGUUUCCCUCGCCUCAAAGCACUUGUGCAAAUGACGGCUGUAGAAGGGGAGCCAUAUGCUGCCUAUAAACGCAUCCCCGAGGGAUUAAAGGCUCUCCCUAGUUGAACAYGUUAACUAGUAAAGCCUUUCCAGGGAAGGUAGAGACUAGUAGUGCCUUGUCAUCGGCUGGUGAAGGAGGUACAAAAUGGCUUACAACGUGACUCUGAAUGGACCGGGACCAUGGGGUUUUCGACUGCAGGGCGGCAAGGACUUCAACAUGCCCUUGACCAUCUCCAGAAUCACCCCUGGCAGCAAAGCAGCCCAGUCGCAGAUGAACCAAGGGGACCACGUGGUAGCCAUUGAUGGAGUCAACACUGACAGCAUGACCCACCUAGAGGCCCAGAACAAGAUCAAGUCGGCCAGCUACAAUCUGAGCCUCACUCUUGAAAAAUCAAAACGUCCAGUGCCAGUUUCAACUUCAGCACCCAGAAUUGAUUCUCCCCGGGCCGUAAUUCCCCACCAGAAGGAACCUUCUUGGGAAAUCAAUGGCAGCAGAACAACCUUCGAUCCUCUAACUAACACGACGCCUGGGCCUGUGGGUAGUGUUUUAGCAACCAAUGGAACAUUUCCAGGCUACCUCAGCAAGCAAGAUAUCAGCAUUUCAAAUAGCUCUUCCUACUUAAAGACUACCACAGUUAGAUCUUCCAUGUCCUCUCAAUCUGUGACUCCUGACACUUCACCUGCRAAGAGUAAUCUAGGUUCAAACCUAAGUCCUGUAUUCACUGAUGGCAAUAGUCCUAAACACCAACUGAGCCCUGCAAGGCAGUAUAACAACCCUAUUGGCCUUUACUCAGCAGAGACUCUCAGGGAAAUGGCUGAGAUGCAUAAAUUAAGUCUCAAAGGAAGGGCUUCAGAAGGUGGACUUCCUAGAGGUACGGAUUUUGUGGAACGUUUCAACCCCAGUGUCCUGAAGGACUCUGCCCUGUCUACGCACAAACCCAUUGAGGUGAAAGGCUUGGGCGGCAAGGCUACCAUAAUUCACGCGCAGUAUAACACCCCGAUCAGCAUGUACUCCCAGGAUGCUAUCAUGGAUGCAAUUGCAGGCCAGGCACAAGCCCAAGGUGGAGAGUUUGCCGGUACUCUUCCAGUUAAAGAUCCUCAUGUAGACAGUGCCUCUCCAGUGUAUCAGGCUGUGCUUAAGACUCAGAACAAGCCUGAGGAUGAGACUGAAGACUGGAGUCGCCGUUCUGCCAAUCUGCAGUCUAGGUCCUUCCGCAUCCUCGCCCAGAUGACAGGAACAGAGUACAUGCAAGAUCCAGAUGAAGAAGCCUUGAGGAGAUCGAGAGGCAAGGAAAAUGUUGCAGCAGCGUCAGAAAACAGUACCCCUGUUGAGCAUGCUCCAGUGUCUACCAGCUCUGCCUCUGCUCCUGUGCCACAUGCUUCCGCGCAUCCGCCUGCUGCCGCUGCUCCAAAUCCAGGCAGCGCGACUCCGCCAGCGAGCGCUCCCGCCUCCGCAGGGCAAGAGUCCUUCUCCUCCUCCUUCCAAAGACUGCCUGCCUCCCCCAGCUCUCUGUCACAACCUAAGCCUUUUCUUGGGUCCAAGAACAUGUCAUUAGCAGCUUCCACUAUCUCAUCUGCUAUCUCAUCUCAGUCUAGUUUCAACCGACAUUCUUCCACCUCCAUCAGCUACCAGUCAAAAAAGAGAAACACAAGCCAAUCCUAUGCACCAACACCAGUUUCUCCAAGCUAUGGGGAAAGUCCUGCUGCUUCUACCACGCCAAAACCAAGGGUUGUCACUACUGCCAGCAUCAAGCCCUCUGUCUACCAGCCAGCACCAGCCCCAGUUCAUUCCUACACGCCUGCCAACACUGAGCCUGCAAGCCGUCCUCCGUGGGUAACAGAUGACUCCUUUUCCCAAAAAUUUGCUCCUGGAAAAACCACCACCACUGUCACUAAGAACAUCCUUCCACGGGGUGCUCCAGUACCAUCUCCUGCCUCAACCUCAGCUUAUCCGACCCCAGUGUCAGCUUCUUCCCAGGCUCCUGCAAUAGCCCGGGGAACAAUUCAGAGGGCUGAGCGUUUUCCAGCCAGCGGCCGAACUCCUCUUUGUGGGCACUGUAACAGCAUCAUUCGGGGUCCUUUCCUGGUAGCCAUGGGUCGCUCUUGGCACCCAGAAGAGUUCAACUGUGCUUACUGCAAGACUUCCUUGGCUGACGUGUGCUUCGUGGAGGAGCAGAACAGCGUGUACUGYGAGCGCUGCUACGAGCAGUUCUUCGCGCCCACCUGUGCCAGGUGCCACACUAAGGUCAUGGGGGAGGUGAUGCACGCCCUGCGACAGACCUGGCACACCACUUGCUUUGUCUGUGCUGCCUGCAAGAAGCCAUUUGGGAAUAGCCUCUUCCACAUGGAGGACGGGGAGCCUUACUGUGAGAAAGAUUACAUUGCUUUGUUCAGCACAAAAUGCCAUGGCUGUGAUUUUCCUGUUGAAGCUGGAGAUAAAUUCAUUGAAGCUCUUGGACACACUUGGCACGAUACCUGCUUCAUUUGUGCUGUAUGUCAUGUGAAUUUGGAAGGCCAACCGUUUUACUCCAAGAAGGAUAAGCCCCUGUGCAAGAAGCAUGCCCAUGCCAUCAACAUCUAAAGGAAGAGGUGGAAGCCAGUUACGCUGGGGAAAAAAAACAUGACUAACCAGGCAAUUAUGAAAUGGAUGGCUAUGGCUGGCUAGGAUGUUUAUGGGUAAAAACUAGGAAGCUGACACUCCUGACGUUUAAUUUUAACCUCUUUCAUAUAUGUAGAACAACUUUGGAAUGGUUCAUACAAAGAGCUGUUGAACAAUCAAAACAAAUGAACUGUCUAUUUUAAAAUAGGUUUAAUGCAGCAGCUGGUGGAAUUAUURGUAUUAACUGAACUACAAUAUUAAAAAGUAAUAUGCAAAUACAGUUUUGACUGCUACCCAAAGCAGCUUUACUGCUUAGACCACACACUAGUGUUUAAGAAUAACUGGAAAAGUUCUUUUGUAGUAAGUCAUUUUCUUUUGUAGCAAGAAUGAGCAAGUGCCACAUGUACAGUAAUCUGUAGAACCAAAGGCAAUAGCUUUCAAAGAGAAAUAAAUAGGUCAGGUUUUCCUCAUUGAAAAGUGAGGACUAUUCCAUUAUGUCAUGGUGCUGCCUUAUAGCAUCAAACAUGUUAGAUUCUUUCAAGAAGUUUGCCUUGAAUCCAGCUUGAAUGCAGCUCUGAAGCAAAGCCGAGAAUGGGUAAUUUAGUUUAAGAAUAACAUGAAAGCAGAAUUUACUCUAUCCAUAUCCCAAUAAGCCCAAGAAAAGGAUUUUGGUUUUACCUUGUUAAUGCACUUGGCGUAUGUACAAACAGUAGAUUACCUCACUUUCAAAACACAAUGAGAAAGGGCAACUGGCUUCCUCCAACUUGCUCUAAAUGGAAUGGAAAGGGGCUCACUGGAAAGGAACUGUCUUUUAAUUCAAAGCCRGUCUACCUUUCCAUUUGGGAAGCAAGAUUCUCAGAGCUGCUUGYGUGUCUAGUUCUCCUUUAUUUCAGCGCGAGUCCAACCUUCACAUCCCUGGAGCACAGCUUGGAGGUAGGAGGUAGCUUACGGAAGUUCCCUGCUGAGUCCCCGUAUAGUUAGGAAAAGGACAUUUUUAUUUUCCCUGUAGUAAAUGAACAUUGACAAAAAUUCACAGGGCCAAGUAUGUGGUCUUUUUWAACUUUUGUUCUGUAAAUGCAAUGCAAUCUGAAUUGUGUUGCGUUUACCACUGUAAGACAGUAGGUAGGCUUUGAUACAUAGGAUAACCAUAGAAUCAUCUCGCCUACUAUUUUAAACACCUUUGAAGUUAUUCAGACAGUUACUUACGCGACUUCUUUUUUCCAUAAGACCGCAGUAUUUGUAUUGAUAAUUUUUAAUUUUAAAUAUUGAUGACUUCUGUGACGGUGUUCUAUUGAACAGGAAAUAGCAUUAUAGUGGAAUGUUUGAUAACUAUUCAAGUUUUAUUGAUUUAAGAGAGAAUUAUGAAUUUGUAUUUUUAUCUUACAGUGCUUCCGGUUUAACGUUAGGAUUUCUUGGGCUUCAGCUUCCCGAGGAUGCGUUCUGUGGUACCAUUCUGGUGCUGUCUGCACACUAUCUUACCUUGUGGUUUUGAGUUAGUAGCGAGGGACUUGGUAUUGCCUUUCCCUCCUGUGACAUGUAAUGCCCUUUUUGAGAAAGUCAGCAUGUCUUUUAGGGGUGGCAAGUGUGCAGGAGGAGGCGGGAGGAGUAAAUAAA